UUUAAUCGGCGUUGAGGUCCCGCAGGGUUUAGACAGGUGACGGAGUGCUUUCCGGAGAGAAAUUGUUAGUAUUGUUCGGACGAACUGUAGGUUACGAUCGAAAUGAUCAACAGUGCAAUGAAAGUGGUGCUACUGUUUGUGAUAUGUGUUUUUGGGGCUGAAUCAAGUGGAUCUACUCAACCGAACAUCAUAAUUAUAGUGACCGAUGAUCUAGGAUGGAACGAUGUCAGCUUCCAUGGGUCACUCCAGAUACCCACGCCAAACAUCGAUGCACUGGCGUACAAUGGUAUCAUACUUAAUCGUCAUUACACACCGCCUCUCUGUACCCCAUCACGAGCCUCUCUCAUGACGGGGAAGCAUCCGAUCAACAUUGGAAUGCAGCAUCACGUUAUCGUGUCGGAUGAACCGUGGGGUUUGGGGCUGGACCAGAAGCUGAUGCCGGAAUAUUUUCGAGACGCUGGUUACAGCACUCAUCUGGUGGGGAAGUGGCAUUUGGGAUUCUACCGGAAAGCCUACACCCCCACGCGGAGGGGCUUCGACAGUCACUUUGGCUAUGUUGGGCCGUACAUCGACUAUUGGGAUCACAGUUUGCAGAUGCACAACACAUCCACACGGGGACUUGAUAUGCGCCAAAAUUUAGAGGUGAAUUAUAAGGUAAACGGAACAUACGCUACCGAUUUAUUCAACGCAGAAGCAACACGCUUAAUCAGGGAACACAACCGGAGCAAACCAUUGAUGCUAGUCUUGACUCAUCUUGCUCCACACACCGGCAACGAAGACGAUCCCAUGCAGGCACCAGCGGAGGAAAUCGAAAAGUUUUCCUACAUCAAAAAUCCUCAGCGGAGAGUACUGGCUGCCAUGAUUUCGAAAGUGGACGACGGCGUCGGACAGAUCGUACAAACGCUGAAGGAACGUGACAUGCUCGACCACAGUAUCAUCCUGUUUCUGGCCGACAAUGGAGCGCCCAGUCUCGGAACUCACUCCAACUCCGGUUCGAACUAUCCGCUACGUGGGCAAAAGUACAGUCCCUGGGAAGGAGCGGUCCGGACAGUGGCAGCGAUAUGGAGUCCACUGCUCAAGAGCAGUGGUCGUGUUUCGAACCAGUGGAUUCAUGUGAGCGAUUGGCUUCCAACGUUGGCCUUUGCUGCCGGCGUGAAAGGAAUACCAAUCGUCAGCGAGAUCGAUGGCCAAAACCAAUGGGGAGCGCUGCAGAACCCAGAAGUGGCUGGCAGAAGUAUUGUGAUGAAUAAUAUUGACCAGUUGCAUCACUACAGUAGCUACGCGAGAGACGGCUGGAAAUAUGUCAACGGAACGUCAUGGGAUGGAAUGUACGAUCAUUGGUUGGGUUCAUUGGAUAGAGAAGACGAACUGAGCGAAGAAGAGUACGUUAUAAAAUUGAUUGGAUCUACGGUCGCAACCAUUAUGCCGAUCGAUAUGGAAAAUGUCAGCAGACUUCGACGUGCAGCAACGGUAGAGUGCAACAGGCAUCCCGAAAAUGCCUGCAAUCCUAGACAAUCAGCUUGUUUGUUCAACCUGUUCAGCGAUCCAUGCGAACGGAACAACGUUGCCUCCAAACACGUUGAUAUUUUGGAAACACUACGAGAGGAAGUUCAGCGGUAUUCAUUGCGAGCCGUCAAACCGAGGAACAAACCGGGUGAUUCACGAUCAGAUCCAGCAUACUUCAAUAACACGUGGACCUGGUGGGAGGAUGAACUGGAUCGAAUAGACGAUAUCAGGUUCUUGAUUGCGAUCGGUAUAAUUUCCGUAACAGCCGUUACGUUACUGCUGGUUGUGAUGAAACGUAUUGUAUGCCCGACUGACAAUGAAUAUAUUUAUAAGUGA